AUGAGGGCACCUACAACUUUGCAAGAAGUUGCUAUCCCUGUCAUCAACUCUUCUCCUUCCUUCACCAAUUCUUUGUGGUUCUUGGUGAAUACUUCUCGUGCUGUCAUUUUCUCAAUAAAAUUUAUCAUUUCUAUGGACGGUGGGGCUGGAAAGCUUUCACCUUGGGUUGGAAAGCUCACUGAGCUUAGAGUUUUAUCGCUGCCUUACAAUGAACUCAAUGGCGAAAUUCCUAAGGUAGUUUGGGGUUUAGAGAAGCUUGAAGUGCUUGAUCUUGAGGGAAAUUUGUUGACCGGAAAGUUGCCAAACCGGUUCUCAGGUUUGAGAAAGUUGAGGGUUUUGAAUAUUGGGUUUAAUAGAAUUGGUGGCGAGGUUCCUUUUUCGCUUUCCAGAUGCAUGAAUUUGGAGGUUCUGCAUUUAGCUGGUAAUGAAGUCAGUGGAACCAUUCCUGGCUUCUUUGAUAGAAUCUUAGCUUGGCAUGAGAAGCUUGUGGCAUGGGAGCAUAGUUGCCAUGAGUUUAGUACUAAAGAGAAAAUUAAGUGUUCCUGGGGAAAUAUGGGUAUCAAGAAAAGGGAUUAUGAAGAGAGUUUGGUUGGGAAUGAGGGAAGGAAAGGAAAAGAUGGCUUGGGCGCUAUUUCCGGCAGCUCGACGGAUUUAGGUAUUAUAUGUCAUCCAAUAUACCUACCAUUUGAAUUAUAUACCUACUAUCUGUCCCAAAUAGCCUCACACUUAGUAGCACCCUCUCCAGACAUCACAUGCCUCAAACGCAUCAUGAGACUUCUCGUCCGCCGAAACAUCUUCGCCGUCCAUCACCCGUCCGAAGGGGGAGAACCCGUCUAUGGGUUGACCUACUCGUCUCGAUGGCUGCUACAUGACUCGGAGAUGAGCCUAGCUCCAAUGCUUGUGAUGGAGAAUCACCCCUCCCUAAUGGCGCCAUGGCACUAUUUCAGCCAAUGCGUCAAAGAAGGAGGGCCUUGGGCCUUCAAGAAGGCGCAUGGGCUUGAGAUUUGGGAGUUUGCCUCUGAAAAUCCAGGGUUCAACAAAUUGUUCAACGAUGGCAUGGCCUGCACGGCUAGGAUUGCGAUGAAGGCAAUACUCACAGAAUAUGGACACGGGUUUGAUGGGGUGGGGUCCUUGGUGGAUGUAGGCGGUGGGACCGGAAGUGCAGUGGCUGAUAUUGUGCAGGCCUACCCUAACAUCAAGGGUUUCAAUUUUGAUCUGCCACAUGUUGUAGCCACAGCACCAGCGUACCAUGGAGUGUCACAUGUUGGAGGUGACAUGUUUGAGGACCAUAUUCCAAAUGCUGAUGCUGUUUUCAUGAAGUGGAUUAUGCACGAUUGGAAUGACUGUGAUUGCAUCAAGAUUUUGAAGAACUGUCGAAAAGCAAUACCAGAGAGAGGUGGGAAGAUCAUGAUCGUUGAUAUAGUUCUAGAGCCAAGUGGUGAUGGGGUGCUGGACGACACACGAUUGGUGUUUGAUCUAGUGAUGAUUGCACACGCGUCAGGUGGAAAGGAGAGGACUGAGAAUGAAUGGGAGAAGAUAUUGAAAGAAGGAGGUUUCCCUCGCUACAAAAUCAUCAAAAUUCCAGCUCUGUUAUCCAUUAUUGAGGCCUACCCUGUGUGAUUUAAAAUUUUUAAAUCACAGUGUGAAGUGUUGUAGAUACUAAUAAUAUGGCACUGGCAGCUUAUAUUUGUGACGUGAUCUUAUCCAACCUUGUUUUCCAGUUAUAAUGUCAAUGAUUCGUUUCAAUUAUAAUGUCACCGGAUGAAUAUUUCUGGCA